AUGAUUAUUCGCAGACCGAGGCGUGUAGAUGGCACUGUCUACGAUAAGACAAUCAGACCACGGCACGAGAAGAUCUUGAAGUUCAUGCCCAUUCUCUCUGGCGUACAAAGUAAAAGUGAAUUCAAGAAUGGCGACGGUUCGCCUCCGAGCCCUGAGCAUGACUCCAAUCUGGGGCCGCAGGUGAUAUCAAACAAGGACAAACCAAAACUUGAGGAUGAGCCUGUAUUGCGAACAAUCACACCACCGAUCGAAAAGACAUCGCCCGAUCUUUCUGAAGCUGCAGCCCAACCGGCCUGCCAAUCCCAGUCGACCAUCAUCUACUAUUCCUACUACCCAUUUCUAGGCGCAAACAACCUGUCCAAUUGCCUCCCACAAGAUGUCGCAUUUCUUGAUUCGCAGAAGUGUCUUCACGUCCCUACACGCGACAUCUUAUCUCACUUCUUGGAUCAAUACUUCCUGCAUGUGCAUCCUACAUUGCCCGUGAUCAACGAAGGUGAAUUCUGGAAGAUGUACGGCAGCCCCGAACCGUCAACACCCACAUUCUCUCUUCUGCUAUUGCAAGCAGCCAUGUUUGCAUCGUGCAACUUCGUUCCUCUUGAGGUUCUUCGAUCCAUGGGCUAUGACAGCAUCCGGAACGCGAGAGCGGCGUUAUAUAGAAAAGCAAAACUCCUGUACGACUUCGGGGUUGAGUCUUCCCCAGUCGCCAUCGCCCAAGCCGCCCUACACCUGACUUACUGGACUCCUCCGGCGAGUAUCGACACCAAACCAAACACGACAUGGCUUAGCAUUGCUAUCCAGAACGCCAAGACGGCCAGAGCAGAUCACUUUUCCUCGUCUCAGCUAGCACAUAAUGCCAAGCCUCACUCCAAGAAAUGGCACAACGUUCUCAAGCGGUUGUGGUGGUGUUGUAUCAUGCGCGAUCGAAUAUUAGCGCUUGGUCUACGGCGUAGUAUCCAGAUAUCCCGGGACACUUUCGAAUGUACGAAGCCCGCAAGCCUUGAACUGGCCGAUCUAGAAGACGAAGAAGGCAGCUCCCUGGUAUACAGUGCAGAGACCAAGAAGGAGUUGAUGAGCAUUGUGGUGCGCCUUGCCGAGCUUUGCGUAAUUCUCACAGAUGUGCUCACUCUGGCAUUUACCCUGCUAGUCGGAGCUUCUGGUGGACCCGGACGCCCCGAAUUCGAGAUGGAGAAGAUCAGGGAGUGCAAAGAUGUCCUGCUGAGACGUUGGUUCGAAGUGACGAGCUCGGACGCCAUAUGCCAGGACCCUAGCAGCCCGCGACACCCCUCGGUCACGUUGUAUACCACUCUGAUGCUAAUAUACUAUCAGACCGCGCGUGUCGUUCUGUGCCACCGCGAACUUCAACUACUCACACUUAAUAAUCUGGGUACUCUUGAUGAGUCAAGAAUCUGUGAGAGUCGAAAUGAACUUAGCCAUGCGGCAGGCCGCAUUAAUCAGUACUUGGAGAGUCUUAACAAACUCCAAUUGACCAAGUACCUCCCUAUCACGGCCGUCGCAUACACCGUUUUCCCUCUGACACUUCAAGUCCUCGACUGGCAUCUUUCCAGUCCUCCCGGAUCCAGUCCAGACUACGGAAAGGCUGUGGGGUCGGAGGGGCCAAAGUCGACACCCAGCAAUCUCAUACAAGCCAUGAGAACAUUCUAUCCGCAAUACGACGGAGUAGAUUGGGUCGCAAAGAUCAUCCGCUGCGCUGUUCAGGUUGUGCAGCAAAGUCCCACAGCAACGGAGAGCUCAAUCGCGGAUUGGACGCAGCUCCUAACUGUGUCUCCGAGCGAAUACCUGCGGUUGUCAGUCGCCGUUGAUAUAAGUCUCAGCAGCGGCAAGGUCCUCGGAACUCCAGAAGUGAAUGAAUUCCUCGAAGACCAGCCCGCGCUUGGGUCGGUGACUCGUCGAGACACUCCUGGCAAGCCACCGAUGGAGUCGAUCAGCCCCAGCCCCAGGCCACUCGUGCCUGAUCGAGAUAUGGCGUCAACAGAUUCUGACUUUGCUACUCCCACUGGUCACGUCCCUGUUCCUCCACAAGAGAGCUGGAUGGCCAUACCGCCUACGGAUACAAUGGAUAUAUCCCUGAAAUUCCCGUGGGAUGAGGGGAUCCCGAUGACCGAUUUCUCCCUGUUUUUUGAUGGAUCGUCCGAUACCACUUUGACAGAUGAAGCAAUGGGCGAAUAUUCUCAUAUUACCUCAUUCAACAUGCCCAGCUAUUCUCUGGAUGAUUUCUACAACACGGGGAUUCCCAUGGACGAUGAUCUCUUGCAAGACGCCCAGGGCGACUCACCUGUUGAAAGUGUCAAAAACGUGGGUAUCACAAUGUCGGAGCACCUUUGCUAG